AUGCCCGACGAGAGAAAUGGCGACACUCAGUCACGCACAGAGGGGUUUCUCACACCACCCUCUCCGUGGGGGCAUGUGUAUUCAUACACGCCCCCGAAAGACAGGCAGCAGGUUGUACCCUUCAAAAGUUGGUACACCUCGAACUACUGUAAUGAGGAGCAUUUAUCUAUUUUACUGCGGUUGCAACACUGUUUCCCUUCCUUGCAGCGUGGGAUGACAAUUUAUUUCAAGUUCUGGAGCUGCACGGGGGAGACGGAAUUCUACACAGCAUUCUUGCCCAUGAUGGCAUGGCUUGGCAUGUGGUACGAGGUACUUGAUAUGUGCGUGUUGAUGUGCCUGGGUCAAUAUAUAACUGGGACAUUAAAGGAUGCGGCAGGAUGUCCACGGCCACCGUGCCCGCCAGUUGAGCUUCGUGGAAGAGCGAGUGCAUCCCGGGAGUACGGCUACCCGAGUACCCAUGCUUCCCACAGCGUCCUCUUCUCGUAUUGUGCUUACAAUUUAUUAGUUUUUCUUUUUCCCACCAAUACUGUAGCCUGCAAAAUGGCUUGUAUUUUUUUUACUUUAAAUGUCAGUCUUUCACGGUUGUUUCUGGGGAUGCACUGGCCUGCAGAUGUUGUGGCUGGAAUUGGCGUGGCGUUUUUGAUUGUCUUGUCUCACAUGGCUUUUUUGCGGGUUUGGAUUUUGGCGAUUGCCUCUUUGACUAGAGUGGAGGUGUGGCAUUACCUGCUGGCUUUUUUUGUCAUGCACACGUUGGCCGUUUCCCACGCUGUUCCCUCCGAACCCUGUCCAUGUUACUUGGACAGCCUGCGGUUUCUUGGGGCCACGCUAGGGGCUCUUUUUGGUGGAUGGGUGAUGUACGCACACUACGGGACGUAUGCAUGCCGAACGCCACCUUUAGAUUUGCGGGGCACACUCUUUUCGUGGUCUUUUUUGUUUCAGUACGUGUGCUGUUUGUUCGUGGUUGCUAUUGGGAAGGAGGGAACCGCAUUUCUCGCCAGGCCACUUCUCUUUGGCUUUUUUAGCUUUGUCUCUCGGGGCGCAGCGCCGAAUCGUCCGUGGCUGUGGAGGCAAAUAAUCAAUUUAAUAUCGAACGGCGUGCGUCUUGCGUAUCGCAUCCCUCUAAGCGAAGGACCAACUGCGGAUGCUACACACUGGCAGGGGAAGCAAUCAAAUUUUGACAAUAGAUGCGAAACGGAAUAUGUGGGAAAGACAGCGUUCAUUUUGGAGAUAUCGAUGAAGCACGCAUGCGAAGAGAAUAUGAUCUCAAACGGCCCUGUACAGUUGUGGUCUCCACGUACACACCGUCACUGGUGGCUGUGGGAGGCGCACCGGUACACCGUUUCAUACUUUGCAGUCGGAUUUAUGGUCAUGUAUGUGUGCCCGGUGAUACUGCGUGUUUUUUUCCUUGUAACUUAA